AAUCUCACUAUUUUUACUUACGGAGUUGGGUCUCCUCUCUCACUUCUUGAAUAAAAACGCCAGUCAUUAUUUGAUCAAUGCUAAGUAGCAAUUGUAAUACUGUAAAUACUGCACUAUAGCUUCCAUGAUAGUUUAGUAACAAUCGAGUGUGUGUUGCAUGAAAGUAUCGAUUAUAAUUCUUAGUUUUUCCUUUUGAUGUUAAUUUUUGUGGUAGUGUCAAAACAUAUUUAAUCAUGGGAUUGGUACGAGUUAUCAAUAAUGAGGGCCAUUUUCAUGCAGAAUUGCUAAAUGCCGGAACCAAACUUGUUAUUGUUGAUUUUACAGCUACUUGGUGUGGUCCAUGUCAGAGAAUUGCACCAAUAUUUGAACAAUUAUCUGUAAAAUACCCGAAUGCUGUAUUUUUAAAAGUUGAUGUUGAUCAAUGUGCUGAAACUGCAGCUGGACAAGGUGUCAAUGCAAUGCCGACUUUUAUUUUUUACCGCAACAGAGUUAAACUUGAUUCCUGUCAAGGUGCUGACCCAAAUGGAUUAGAAGUAAAGGUCCAGCAUUAUUAUGGGUCUAACGAAUCUGAUGAAUCUGAUGGAUCUGUUGUAGGCCAUAUGGAUUUAAGUUCUUUUAUAAUGAACGCUCAAUGUGAAUGUUUAAAUGAAUCUGAUGAUCAUAAUUUGGAACAUUGUUUAACAUCAAAUAAUGGCUAUUUACAAAGUGACUGUGAUGAACAAUUGAUAAUAUCUAUAACUUUUACACAAGCUGUAAAAGUUCACUCAUUGAAAAUUAAAGCUCCACCUGAGAAGGGUCCAAAAAACUUAAAACUUUUUAUAAAUCAACCUAGGACUAUAGAUUUUGAUAUGGCAGAUUCUAAUAUUUGUGUUCAAGAUUUAUUAUUGUCUCCUAAAGAUAUAGAGGAAGGUAAUCCUGUUCAGUUAAGAUACGUUAAAUUUCAAAAUGUUCAAAAUUUGCAAAUUUUUGUAAAAGAUAAUCAAAGUGGAUCUGAAACCACUCAAAUAGAUAAUUUAUCGAUCAUUGGUUCACCUAUUUCAACUACAAAUAUGGGAGAUUUCAAGAGAGUUACAGGGAAAAAAGGAGAAAGCCACUAACAUAUAAUUAAAAUUACGAUAGAUAAUAAGUAACAUAUUUUAUAUGUUCAUAUAAAUAGUAAUAGUUUCAGUAAAAGUGGAGUUUACAUCGAUUCAUAGAUACUACCUUUCAAUUAUUAUUUGUCAAAACUAUUGGGAUGGAUUUUCAUGAACUUUUUAUGAUUAUAUGCAGAACAAUCAUAAAAAUAAAUUAUAAAUAAAAUAAAUAAAUC